AGGAAGCUGAAGGCAUGGUACUUUGAACACUACAGAUCAUUUGUCUUGGAAAAGUCUUUGAAUUCAGAAGUGUUGCUUGUAGAGCCUCAUGAAUUAAGGGAUGUGUACCCACUUGCAGAUUACUGUGUUUCAGGGAUGCAUUUUACAACAGUUAAGAGAUACAUACAUGGUUAGAUUGUCACAAUGGCUUGCACAAAGAACAUAGGGCUUCGAGUACUUUUUGGAAAAGAUGAUGCACACAAAAUGUUCCUUCCUAAUGGCUUGCCUGCAUCCCUGGAUGAUAUGCUUGAGAAAGUAAAGAUGACUUUUAAUUUGAGAGGAAACAUAAGGCUGCAGUACUUGGAUGCUGAUUUUGGUGAAUUUGUUAAUGUAACUGACAUUUCUGAAAUACAACAUCUUGGGACCAUAAAGGUAAUUCAGCUACAGGAUGAAAUGUUUCCAGUGCAAGAAUUAGGCUCUCCAGCCACCUCAGGAUUGACCAUGGAGAUGGACGACGUUACAUCUGAAAUUUCAUGCAAUACAGAAUGCAGCACAGAAAGCCCAAACAUUUCACAUCCUGAGUCUGUUUUGUCCAGAACCCAUCCAUGGCCAACAAAUUUCCCAAUCCCGUGCUUCUCAUAUGAGACUGAGCUUCAAUUAGAAAGGGGAAAUGCUGAAUAUCAAGCUAAUAAGAAGGUGUUGACUGUUGGGUCGAAGAUGAAAAGUGACAUUCUACAAAAAGUGGCAGAACAAAUCUACAAAUUUAAAGCAUAUCCAUUAGACACUGAUUUUAGUGAGGUAGCAGAGGCGUUAGUGGAGAGACAUCCUUGCCUAAAGGAGCCCGGUUCCUGUUGUGGAUCCUAUGGAUGGAAGCAGAGGCUAAAAUUUAAAAUGGCCAACUACAGAACCAUGCUGAAAUUACAUGGCUGUGCCGAAAUUAAUAUUAAUUCACUAAAAGCUAAAGGUAAUGAAGAUGCUCACCCAUCUAAGAAUAUUAAAAGACCAAGACGAGCAGAGGCAAACUACUGUCCUAGUCUGCCAGUUGGUGAAACAAGAGAGAGCCUUGAAAAACUGCGGAUAACUCUUUUGAAUGAAGCGAAGAAAAAAAACAAUGAUAAAGUAAUUCGUGAAAUUAUGGCAAAGACUUUUGCCUAUAGGCGUUAUGAAAUCGUCACAGAACAGCCAAAAAUAGCAGAUUUUAUGAAUAGAUGGCCUACUCUGUUCCAGGAGAAUGAGAUCAAUGCAGAAUUUCUCCGCAUCACAACAGUCCCCCUUCAGAUUCGAUUCUUUGCAGAAUUAGACAGACUUUCCACAAAUCUUGUAAAAGUUAUCAAAGGCAGAGGUGGAGCCAUUAGUUUCAAAACUAGCCAAUAUGUGUUGGCAUUUGAUGAGACUAGUGACAUAAAUAUAAGGAGAGAGUGUAUCCUUAGAUCCAUCAUUCUCUACCUUGGUGAGGAUGACAAAAACCUGAUAAAAGACUACAUGGAUAUACAAGUUGAGCAGGAAUCAGAUGACCUCUCUAAACAGACAAUGGCCAUCUUUGUGAAACGAAAACCAUGUGAGAGACCCUUUGAAAUGCCAGAUGACGUGGGAAUCGUCAUAGAAGGAAAUGUGGUGUUGAAUAAUUUAAAAUCAGUUGCAUCUUGCUUUUCUUUUCUUUUUGCCCUAAUGUAUUGUUUAAACCUCAGCUACCCACGAGAUUUAAAAUACACAUUUGAGAUGAUACAAAAGUUAUUUAUGGACCUUGAAGGUCAGAAAAAGUCCAGCAAGGUGCACAAUCUUUAUGUGAAGUUGCUACAAACAGAGUAAGCAUUUGGGUGGGAGGACAAGUAAUUUAUUAUUAUUAUUUGGCUGAAAUAUUUUUGAUAUCAAGGACCGAUGGUUUAACAUUAUGUAGCAUCUACACUGUUUUGGUUUGUCUGAAGUCUUUAUUAUCCAAGCUUUUCUUCUCUAGGUUGCUGAUUAAUUUUUAUUUGUUGUGACUCAGCAAAGGAAAAAAGUGGCAUUGACAAAUUGAUUAUUAAAAACAAGAAGUUAUCAGUUACAUGAAGUUGUGAUUCAUUGUGUUUGUCUUACAUUAUAUUUUAAAUAAAACCAAGUGUUAUGCGUAUGGUGUCAAAAUAUAGUUAUUAGGAGAGCCGGAUCCACCUUUGUGGUUACCAUGGUCUGAACCUCUGUUUUUCCAAGGUGUAUGACAGAGAUUCAGACCAUUGGAAUGAAAUAUGCAAGAAGAUUAAUAUCCUAGGUUCACCACUGAACACUCUUAAAACUAAUUUUGUCUUGUUAAUUUAUUUGAACUCAAAAUCUACAUGAAAUGACACAUUUGUUAAAAUAACACAAUGUGUUAAAUAGGAUAACCCAAAACAAUGUGUUAGAAUGAACACAUCCUUUCUUAGACUGAAGAAACAUCAGAGCCAGCUGCAAAUUUCA